ACACCAGCGACAGGUGGGCUUCAUACCUUUUAAGUCUACGUUAAAUCUUGGCCCUACAUUUUAUUUAAUCGGUGAACCUUGGACGUAUGUUUGAAUAAGGGACGCGGCGGUGAUAAAAAAAAAUGCUCGCAAAAUUGGGUUGGUUAGAAGAUUAAGCAAAAACUAUAUCUAUAUUUGCCACAAUUGUUCUUGGCCAUGGCUACUGUGUAUGGUGUGCUAAGAAGUCUCCAGCGACAGCAACGAGAAGCCUCUACACUCCUCUUGAGGUUGACACCCAGAACACUUCAUCCUGUAAAUGCUGCUUCAUUUUGCCACAUCUCUAAGGAAUCAAACAUCUGUGGAAGAUCUCAUCAACCAUUAUUGCUGUCUCGGAAUCUGAGUAGCCACAGUUCCAAUCAAGGCUCUCAAGUUGACAAAGAGACUAAUAGUGUUGACAUUGGCCCAGGCACAUGGAAAGAGAUCUACCAUGGCAUUCUCUCCACACAAAUCAAAAUGGUGAAAUUCUUUUCACUUUCCACGUCAAUUUUGGGACUCUCUGUGCAGCCCAUUCUCUUCCAGAAACUCUUGGGGACAAAUGCAGGUAUGAUAGUGGCUGUAGGAUCCUUUAUUGGGUUUUUCACUUUUGUCACUCCAUUGCUCAUCCACUGGAUCACCAAGAAGUAUGUGACCAGCCUUGAGUAUGACCCAGAAAGGGAUGUGUACUCUGCCACAACACUCUCCUUUUUCCUAAGGAACAAAAAGAUUCACUUUACAGUUGAUGAUGUAAAGGUGCCGGAGGUACCUGGCAUGUUCACCUCGUUCCUCGUUAAAAACAAGCCCCUGUUUGUGGACCCUCAUAUGUUCAGUGACCUGGAGCACUAUGGUCGUCUCAUGGGCUAUGACAAGCCAAUCGACUUUCAUCUUGGUAAAGAAGAAAAGGAAAAGUGAUACAAUAGUUGUUACACAUUCAGAGUAUAUUACAGUAUACCUAUUUACACAUCUUGAAACAAAUGGGCUAAUCUAUAUGUACAGUAUGACAAGAAGUAAAAUAUGAAAUGGCAAUACUGUGUACCUACUUUUUGUCCUCAUCCACUACAAUUAUAUCCUUAUUAACUCAGUUCAGGCUAACAGUAGGUGCUUUUUAUGAAGUUUGGAAAUUGUCUAGUACUGAAUGGGAUAUAUAUGAAAUUAUAUUUAUGGUAAAAUAUAUAUAUUAAAUAUUACUACAAUAGACUUUAUUACGAAAAAGGGUAAGUCAGCCUCUAUUGUAUAAAAAUUUACAUAAUUAUUUAUUACACUUCAUAGUUCAUACUUGAUAAGCUGACACACCAGUCCACCUCUAUUCCUUGGCUCUACCUCCUCAAUCAUAGUCAAGAUUCUUCUAACAACUAAGACAACUCCAUCUUAAGGAGGUAUGUGUUACCCAACAUAAAGCCAUGCCACCCAAAGUUUUGAGGUCAGGCUAGCCCAUUUGGACUUCAUUAUGUCUGACUCAUGAGAAAACAGUCUUUCCACAGCAGUAGAGCCGAGGAUUGCUUUUUUAUACCUGAGGAAAAUCAUCAACAUGCUAAGACUUGUCUCUAUAAGUUUGCAGGCAGGUUUGCAAUAGCAGAAGUAUAUUUUACUUCUGCCAAUACAAAUCCACAAACAAAAUCACGUUUCUGCUAUUGCGGAAUAUGCAGUUAAUGGAAGUCAGAAGUGCCCAGCUCUGAACACAACAAUCAUGUGCACCAUAAACUCAUAUGUUCCUGUAUCAAGACAAUGACUAAGCAAAAAGAAAUUGGCUAUUGAUAUGUUGCCUUCCGCCAUGUAUAUGAAAGCCCCUUUAACCUGAUGUAUACGUACUUCAUUCUGCAGAAAAAGAGAGAGGGGGG